UCACCCACAUCAACAAAACAGCGGAAUUCAAACCUUCUUCCUUUGGUUUUCACUUCAUCUUUGCUAGCUCAAGCGCAGUUUUUCAUCCGCAAAUUUUGAGGAAAAAUGAGCGAAAAUCUGAUGGGAAGAGUGAACGCUUUGGGGGAGCGACUGAAAAUUGGAGGAGCUGAGGUGGGUCGGAAGAUGAGUGCUGGAAUGAGUUCUGUAAGCUUCAAAGUCAAAGAGUUUUUCCAGGAUUCAAGCCAUGCCGAUAAACUCGUCGGGGAAGCUACCUCCGAGACCCUUCAUCACCCUCACUGGCCCAUCAUUCUUCAUCUGUGUGAUUUGAUCAAUGGUGAUCAGCUUAACACUGCUGAAGCGGUUCGUGCUAUAAAGAAAAGGGUUGUUUCCAAGAGUCAUAGAACUCAGUAUCUGGCUCUGGUUCUGCUUGAAGCACUGGUCAAGAACUGUGACAAGGCUUUCUUGGAGGUGGCAACUGAGAGAGUCCUUGAUGAUAUGGUCAAGCUCAUUGAUGACCCUUAUACUUUUGUUAAUAACAGGAACAAGGCUUUGAUGAUGAUUGAAGCUUGGGGAGAGUCAACCACUGAACUUCGCUAUCUUCCUGUCUAUGCACAAACUUUCAAGAGUUUGAAAUCGAGGGGUAUUCUAUUCCCCGGUCGUGACAACGAAAGUUUGGCUCCUAUUUUCACUCCACCUCGUUCUGGCACUGCUCCAGAGGCAGAUGUCAGUCUUGAACAUCUUAUGCAGCAUAAUGUACAGAGUUUUUCGCCUGUUACUCCUUCUCGUUCUGCCUCUACUUCAGAGGCUGAUGUCAAUCUUGCACAUCUUAUGCACCAUGACGUUCGUGUCAAAAGCUUUACGUCUCAACAAACAGAGGAAGCUUUUGAUGUUGCGAGAAACAGCUUUGAGCUUCUUUCUACCGUGUUAUCUUCUUCAACGCAGAAGGAUGUUCUAAAGGAUGAUUUGGUUACGACAUUAGUACAACAGUGCCGACAGUCUCAGACAACUGUCCAUAGAAUCAUUGAGACAUCAUGGGAUAAUGAAGCACUGCUUUGUGAUGCCUUGAAUAUAAAUGAUGAGAUCGAGAAGGUUGUGAAGAGAUAUGAAGAAAUGAAGAAGAAGAAGAAGAAGCAUGCAGAACCUGAAACUGCCACAGAAGAUUACGAGGCACCCCAUUUUACAGAAGAGGAAGCUCUGGUUAGAAAGAGUGGAAGUUCGAGAAGUGAAGUUCAGAGAGGGAACCAGGAUGACAUGUUGGAUGAUCUUGAUGAGAUGAUAUUUGGGAAAAGGGGUGGUUUUGAUGGAGGACAAUAUCCAAACAAACAACGUUCAUCAACAAAAGAUGAUCUCAUCUCCUUCUGAGUUCACACUACAACAAAGUUUCGAUUUUUAUUACAACACUACGUUUGAUUUUGUGGCUUCCUGUUUUCGUUUUAUACAUGUUGUUUAUGAAACGAUGUCUCA